UGACAUUGUUUCCUGAAUGAUGCAACUGAAAAUUCCCUUUCCUGUGCUUCUUGUUUCCUGAACCGUUUUCCCUUUGCUCUCCAAAACAUUCCAGCAGCUGCGCAUCUUUUGCUCCUGCUCUUUUUUCCCUACGAAUCUCUGCGAAGACAAGUUAUGUCCACAGCUACUCUGAUUAGCUUGGUACGGAAUGGAGGGUUCCAAGUGAGAAGGAGAGCCGCGCUCACGUCCCGCUUGCUGCAGGACGAGAAGCGCCCCGCAGCCGCCUGCUCCAUCUCCACCUGCGAGCGCCGCGCCUCCCGCUUCGACCCCGACGGCAGCGGGCGGCCGACCACAUGGGACACCUUCGGCAUCUGGGACAAUCGCAUCGACGAACCCAUCCUCCUCCCACCCAGCAUAAAGUACGGGAAGCCGAUCCCAAAAGUGAGCCUGAGCAACGUGGGCUGCGCCAGCCACAUCGGGAAGCGAAAGGAAAACGAGGACCGCUUCGAUUAUGCUCAGCUGACAGAGGAUAUCCUGUACUUCGCAGUGUACGAUGGGCACGGAGGGUCGGCAGCUGCAGACUUCUGUGAUAAGUACAUGGAAAAAUAUAUUAAGGAAUUUCUUGCUGAGGAGGAGAACUUGGAAAAUGUUUUGAGCAAAGCUUUUCUGGAAAUAGACAAAGCAUAUGGAAGGCAUGCUAAUCUCUCUGCAGAUGCAACUCUGCUGAACUCUGGGACCACUGCAACAGUGGCUCUGCUCCGAGAUGGAAUUGAGCUGGUUGUGGCAAGUGUGGGAGACAGUCGUGCUCUGCUGUGCCGGAAGGGAAAGGCCGUGAAACUCACCAUUGACCAUACUCCAGAGAGAAAGGAGGAGAAGGAAAGGAUUAAGAAGUCUGGUGGCUUCAUUUCCUGGAACAGUUUGGGACAGCCUCAUGUGAAUGGUAGACUUGCAAUGACACGGAGCAUAGGAGAUUUGGAUCUUAAAAACAGUGGUGUGAUAGCCCAGCCAGAAACAAAAAGGGUUCAGCUGCACCACGCAGAUGACAGCUUCCUGGUGCUGACCACCGACGGCAUCAACUUCAUAGUGAACAGCCAGGAGAUCUGCGACUUCAUCAGCCAGUGCCACGAUCCUGCUGAGGCUGCCCACGUGGUCACUGAGCAGGCAGUGCAGUUUGGCUCUGAAGACAACAGCACAGUUGUCAUAGUGCCAUUUGGAGCUUGGGGCAAGUACAAGAACGGGGAGAUGACCUUCUCCUUCAGCCGCAGUUUCGCUUCCAGCGGGAGGUGGGCAUGAAGACAAUGCCCCGGUGAUCCUUUCCUGCCGUCACCUGGACACAGCGUGCUACAGGAGAACACCUCCAUCUGUUCCUAGGCUGACUCAGUGUCUUGUCCAUCCCUUCUGUUCCCAGUGUUAGAAGGUGCCGCUGCUCCCUUGGUGCGUAGUGCCUGUUGUUGCUUACGGCUGCCCGUGUCUUGCUGCCCGUGUUAUUCCAGGUGGCAUCGGGGCAGCACCCUGGGUUUGUAGCCCCAGCAGCUCCACACAUCACUUUGUUCACACAGAUGAGGUUCUGGGCUUUCACCUGAGGCUGGAGGGAGUGCACAGUCAUUUCAUGCCUACCUGUAUUCCCCAGGACCCUCAGUUCCCCGGCAGCUAUGGGUCCCUGAGCCACAUGCUGGCUUCCUUGUCCUAUAAAACACAGGGGAACAAACGCACAAUGUUCUUAGGUAGGCAGAAAGAGGGUUCGUUGUCUUCUUCUGCUGCAGCCACCCAAAACUCCCCUGUACUCCAGGAGAAGUGGGUGAAAAAUAAAGGAGAAGUUUUGGAAUGUUUAGGUUCUGAUGCCAGUGGCAUUUGCUGUAGCUGUACAAGUUCCUGAGACAGUGCUGCUUUAUGCUCUCACUGCUGUCAUCUGUGAUCCCCUAGCUCCAAGGAGACAGACCAGGCUGGAGCCUUGUGCUGUUGGACAGAUGGGAACCUUUCUCCAUUGGGUCCAAAGCCUGUGCAGUCUCUGUGGACCAUGCAUCAGCCCCUUGCACUGUCUUCUCUUUGCUGUCUGUGCCUGACAGAAGCACGGAGGAGGUAAAAAGAUGCACAGUUUUGAUAUCCAGAGACUCUCAUCAACUUGAAUUUCUUUCUUCUUCUUCUUCUUCUUUUUUUUUUUUUUAAAUAAAGAAAAUAAGCUAAUGUCAAAGAGUUUACUCUUCAAGAUCUGAUGUGUAAGACAACUUAUUUCUUCAUACAAACAUGAGGAUUUUCCUGCCCUCUGCUGAAGAUGUCUGGGUUAGUUGUGGUCUUUCAUGUCUCUCCAUGGUACACAAGGAGGUAAAAAAUGCCCCAAACAAGCUAGAGAAAGGAGAGAGCAUUAUAAUAAUGAAAGGUAAUUUUUGUAAGUUUUGGGUAUUGUUUCUAGAUGUCAGAUAUUCAGACACCAGAAAGGAGUUUUAUACUUAAAGGAAGUGCUUCCACUUCCCUUCUUGUGUCCAAUGAGACACGGGAGGAGCAGAGCUCUGAUCCAGCUGAUAUCAGUGCUCUGACAUGACUGUGGGUGACAUGUUGGCACAUGUAAAGAUCUGUCCCAGUGUGCCUCAUUUCACCUCUUCUUUCCUCCAUUCCACAUCAGCUGUCACCUCCCAUGGCAGUGAAAUAUGGGCAGAGAAGAAUUGGUCUUUUCUCAGCCUUUCCACAGUGUUUUUCCUUCUAUGGAUGCUUCCAACAGCACAAUUGUAAAAACAAAACAAAAUGAAAGAGAAGUUGCCUGAUACUAAAUCACCUUGCAAAAAAAAAGGAAUUCUGAGGCGCCUGGCCUGAUUCUGAUUUUCCAAUGUGAAAUACGUAUCUUCAUUACUUUUAUCCCUUUCCAUUUAGUCCAGGGUUACCCUUUAGGCAGUUGCUCCAUGUGGCUUGUCUGUGGUGGAAGGCCCAGCAGAUCACUGUGUUGUACUGACAGCAUUUAGUACUUGGUGUUUAGGGUGGCCUGAUAGAGCAGUCUGUCCCAUCACUUGGUGUAUUAUGUGGUGUGUGCAAUGCACUUAUUUGGAUUGCAACUGCAAUGCUGUGUGUAAAUCUCUGCUGUACUGGAUGCUGGUGCCCAGGCUGGCCGUGUAGUGAGCACACUACUACAGGUUUACAAUCCUAAUUCCCUCUCUCUCCUCAGAUUUUCCCCAGGGUUGGGGUUCAGUGCUCACCUGAGGUCAGCAUGGUUGCUGUUGAGGGGCUUUUAUUUCUCCUAACAGGGGGAAGGGGAUCCUUCUCAGGGGAAGGAUUCAUCCAUAUCUUCUUUUAAAUUUUACCAAGGAAGGGAUAAGACAAAGCUCUGUGAAACAGAGGAUGAUUAGAUUAAGGUGUGUUGGUGGUUGCUAUUGCUGCUUCUCUACUACUGCAGAAACACUUGGGUUGGGAAGGAGUCCUAGGCACCAUCUCACCUACAGUCCCUUCUAUUGGACUCCUUGUUUUCUUUGUCCAGUUCCUUUUUCACUCCUGGGGCAACUCCUGCAGUUGCUGCUGCUGUAUGAGUCCUGCCUCAAGCCCAGCCCCCUCAGAGCACUGAUCUGAGGCUCAGUAGGCACAGACCAGGCCCCAGUAUGGGGCAAAAGUUGCUGGUUUUCACUGGGGUGGGCAAGGUACCCCUCCAUCAGGUGACACACCGGAUAGCCAGGGUUGUUGCCAGUUCAGGUGGAAAGUCUCAAGCUCUGAAAGGUGAAACCUGUGCUAGGAACCUGCCCAAAUCCUUCCCCACACCCUGCCAGACAGGGAACGGCUGCCUAGGGCACAUUUCAAUAUUACCUCACCCAAAAAUCUUCUCUUAUGCCAUGAUGGCACCAGAUUCCACCAACCCCAUUUUGUGCCAAUGGUGUUAUUUAGUAGCAUUAGCAUCUCAUGUAAACAUGAACAAGGACCUCUGGAACCUGCACAAUCAUCCACACCAGUCCAAAGCGGGGAGAGGGAGAUGUAUUCCCUCAUCCUCUUGUGGAGACAAGACAGCUCCCGCAGCACAGCAAGGCCAUCCACGCCAGGACACAGCCCAGAGCCUUUGUUCUACUAACAUGUUCCCAGCUUCAGCCUUGUAAAGGAUUAGCAGUGCAGCCAGCAAUCUCCCUGACUCCCACAGGAAGUUGCUGCUGUUGUAGCAAUAACACACUGGAUACAAAGCUGCAGCUGUCUGUGUCCCAUGCUGGGUGCCAAAGAGGACCAUGCAAGGUGCACUUUGGAUGGACAUCAGUUGCCCACCAAGCUGCUCUCAUCACUCCCCUCCUCAGCAGGGUGGGGACUGGGGGGAGAAAAUAAAAAAACCCCAAAACCUGGUCAAGAUAAAGAUAAUAAGAAUGUUACCAGCCCCUUUUCAGGGGCCAAUACACAGCCCAGCACUGUGAGGAUGCUGUGGGGAGAUGAGCUCCAUCCCAGCUAGGCCCAAUAAACACUUUAGGUUUUCCAUCUGGUUACCUUUCCUCCUGCAGCCCGUGGCAGCUCUUCGAUCAACCAGCUCUACAGUACCCCCCCCACCCCCAAAAGGGACUGGUAAGAGCCUCCUGCACAGCAGAGCUCCUUCAGAUUGAAGACAAAGAGCAACAAUGGCAGCUGCCUGUCAGAGAGCAGCUAUAUAUAUUUAUAUAGAUAUUUAUUAUUCCAGGACAGUGAAGGAUCUCACACUUUGAAUUAAACAGAAUGGAAUGUUUGCUCUCUAGAUCACUGUCUUUCCCAUGCAUCCGAGGUUUCAACAAAAAGAGUAUUUUUUGUUUAUGACAGACUGAACCAAACAUUAUGGGUGACCUGCUGAGCAAACAUUCACUUUUUUCUACCUUUUAGGGGAUGGAAUUUGAAACCCAUUUGAUUUGAUAAGAAUAUUUUCUUGCCUGAACAUCCUCCCCUGGAGCAGUGGAAUCUCUCUCUGUACAGGCACUGCAGGAGUGUGUGCUGUGGGUGCAGAAAGGCAAAAAUGCUGUCCAGCAAAGUAUUCAUUUUUACUGUGAGGAUAUGGAAGGCAUGAUGGGGCUCAUAUUGUUGGAGGAUUUACUAGGAGAGGUGCUGUGACUGCAGAUGGAUUUCCAACUUAAGUGUCUCCACCACUUGGAAAGCUGGGGGUUUCAUGCCUUAUAGAGGGAACUCAGAAAAGAGUAAUUUGCAGCCUGGAUUUAGGAGAGCUGGUCUCUCUGGAUGAUGAACAUAGCACAAGAGACUGAAAUGGGGCAGAGAUCCAGUAAUUAAUUUAAUAUGAAUUACAGUCCUUCAUUACAGGCCUUCAUUACAGUCAGUCCCUUUGGGCUGAAAUGCUCAGGGCUGGAGAAUAAUCCUAGAGCAGCUGAAAAUGAAGGUGUGGAGAGAAAUCAGCAAUAUCACUGCUUUUUACAUAUUUGGAAAUUGAGAGGAGCUUAGACUCUCCACAGGAUUUCUGCCGAGGUCCAUGGGGUCAGGGUUCCAUGAGCCACGUUUUCUGUCUCAGCCAGUGGACAUGCUGUAGUCAAAACCAUUGGGAUUUUUAGCUAAGGGAGAAGCACAAAACAAUAGCUACCAGUGAAACUGGUUUAAUAAUAAUUCCUCUUAAACACCUUCAGCUGGGCUCUGCCAGGCCGUUACUCACUCACCCAAGAAGCCGAAUGUACAGUACACUCCAGGAAUUCCUUGGUUCCAAACUGCUGUUUUGAAUGCAGAGGUACCCAUCAGGUGCCCUCUUGUCCCGGGAUAUGGAGUGCUUGGGCAGUCAGAACUGACGUGCCUGUCAUAACUUUCAUACAGAUUUAAGUACAAUUGUGUGCAUUUGUUACAUGCUUUGCCUUGGGGCUGUGUGUAAUUUCUGUGGUUUGAUGUUUAUCUUCGGUGUAAUCAGCAUUUGAAUUUCAUCUACUAUGAAAUUUUAUAGAGGUAUCCAUUUUGCUUUUUUUUUCCUUUAAAAAUGUUUUUUCAUCUUCAUCAACUCAAAGCUACAUUAGAGCAGCUAAGUCUGUACAAGAAUGCUUACAAGUUCUUUCAAUAAAGAAUUGGCUUCUAGGA